UCAGAUCCUGAUCAUUCUAAUCAUGUAGAGAAAGCAUUAAGACUUGGUUUUUCUGAGGAUCAGAUUGUAGCAGUUCUUAAAAAAUUGGGUACAACUGCUGGCAGUGUUGAUCCUAAUACUCUGUUAUCAGAACUAAUUAAGGAAGGUGCCACAUCAUCUGAUUCUACUAUAAACUUAGCACCAUUUGUGGAGGACAUUUGUGAUAAUAACGAUAACGUGAUAUUACCAGAGAAUGCUGAUGAUUCUAGUAAUUUAAAACCUAUUGUAAUAGAUGGUAGUAAUGUCGCUAUGAGUCAUGGUUAUAAGGAAGUAUUUUCAUGUCGCGGUAUAAAGUUAGCUGUAGAUUAUUUUAGACAGAGAGGACAUAAAAAGAUAACAGUUUUUGUACCACAAUGGCGGAAAGAAACUUCAAGACCAGGUGCUCAAAUAAAAGAUCAAGAAAUCAUGAGACAGCUAGAAAAAGAAAAAGUACUUGUGUUUACGCCAUCGCGAAGGAUAGGUGGUAAAAGAGUUGUUUGUUAUGAUGACAGAUUUAUAUUAGAUUUAGCUCAUGAUAAAAAUGGCAUUGUGGUAUCAAAUGAUAAUUAUAGAGAUCUCCAUAAUGAAAAGACUCAGUAUAAAAAAGUGGCAGAAGAACAACUCUUACCUUAUUUAUUUGCUGAAGACAAAUUUAUGCCACCAGAGGAUCCAUUAGGAAAACAUGGACCAACGCUGGAUAAUUUCUUAAGAAUUAAACCUGUUGUUUCUGAACCAUUACAACCCUGUCCAUAUGGUAAAAAAUGUACUUAUGGUAAUAAAUGCAGGUUUGCCCAUCCUGAAAGGGGAAACCGACCACAACGUUCUGUUACAGAUAUAUUAUCAGAACAGAGCUAUCAGAAGAUUAAAGAUAGA